AUGACCUCCUCACCUCCUCCGAAAGAGACUUCGGGUGCAUCUGGGACCUCGGGUCUCCGCCGAGGAGAGGCAUGCACGAACUGCAGACAUAGGAAAAUACGCUGCGACGGCGUGAAGCCAAUCUGUGGUCCUUGCUCCCAGUCGACUACUGGACGCUGGCAGGAGUGCGACUUCGUCCCCUACAGCCGAACUGCCACCAGAGUCUUGAAGGAGCAGAUUCAGUCCCUGGAGGCGCAUAUCGAGGAGUUACAGGCCGCCAAGUCCUCGGCGGAUGCAUCAGCACGCAGUCAACAAUCGUCUUCGCAGGGGAUCUCACUCGUCCCCGUCGGAGCCAAGGAUUCCCCUCAGCCGUCUCAGCGCGUGUGGCUUACUGCGUUCUUUGAGCGCGCCCACGACUUACAUUUCUUCCUCGAUAUUCCUCGCUUCCGGCAGUCCUUCCAAACCCGCUCACCGGCUCCCCUUCCCGCCCUACUCGAUGUGAUUUACCUCUGGGGCGCACGGCUCUCAUCCGAUGCGGCCGCGAACGCAUACGAGUCAUCCCUCCUCGCGCGCUCCCGACAGAGCAUCGCCACCGCGUCUACGGCGCCAGACACGCUAUUGCAGACCAUGCAAGCACGUCUGCUCUACGGCCAGUACUGCUAUGCCAUCGACAAGAACAUCGAGGGCUGCUAUCACAUCACAGGGGCCUGGUCGCUGGCGCUUGGGACCGGCUUGCACCGUAUAACGCAGGUGAACCCUACCCGCAGCGAAGACCGCGAGCGCGUGAACGCGUUCUGGCAUACGGCUGUUCUCGCAUGCCUUUGGUCCUGCACCGACGGCGCUCCUAUGCCCGUCUCGUGUACCAGAGAUAUGGCCGUCAUGACGCCUUGGCCCGGGGCCCCGCCAGCGCCGAGCAUCGAAGGUAGAGGGACAAUAGGCGACUUCUUCGCCGGUCACGAAGAUGCAGGCGUCGGAUCUCUCGCCCUCCUGUCGAAGGCCGCGGUAAUCCUCCACCGAUGCACCUCCUUCCGCGUGGAUACUACGGGAGACGCUUUAGCCAACGAAGGCAUCGACAUGCAAGUUCAGACCCUCGACGAAGUGAUCACAGCACUAGGGCAGCGACUUCCACCUCUCCCUGAAGAUGUGGGACCACUCCGCGCGGCGCUGUUGACGCACACAACCCUCCGCGUCGCCGUUAUUCAGCUCCACACGCCCCUGUCGGACAUGAACCCGUCGUCACGCAGGCAACGUGCUGUAGCUGCUCGGGCCAUCGCGCGCAUGGCGAGCGAGGCCAAUAUUGCUAGGUUGGGGUACCUUAAUCCCCUCAUGGCGGCAUUCUGGUCGGCAGCGUGUCAUGCAUUGAUCGACGAGCUUGUGCUGCUGCGAGGAACGAACCCCGCCGAGGACGUGCGAGAGUGGCUAGGAGCGUUGGGCGCGCUGGAAGAAGCGAUGAAGAUCUUCGCCCCUAGAUGCCCGAUAUUCGAGUCAAAGUUGGCGAUAGUUAGGCAGGUUCGCGUAGCGGUGGGCAUAUGA